AUUAUACUCUCAUUAUUAGAAGUUGUUAAUAAUAACAAUAAUUACUAUUAAGAAUAUAAAAGAAGAGAAAGAUAUAAAAGGUUUUUUAGGGACAAGACAAAAACUUCUCUGGUUUUUCUGCAAUGGUGACCAUCCUUUUACCUUAGUUUGACUCCUUUUUUAUUAACCAACAAGCACCAGUUUUCAUUUUUUUUCUUCCUUUCAUGGUGAAGAAAAUGAAAAAUAAUAGCUUUAAACUGUGUUUAAGUUAAAAAUGAAAAAUUUAACACAUAUUAUUACCCAAACACAAGAAGAACACUCUCUUCUUCUCUCUCUUUCUCGAGCCCCUACCUUCUUACCCACCUAUGGUUCUACCUGGUCUUUAGUCUUUUACUCUGUCAUCUUCUCUCUCUCUCUCUCUCUCUCUCUCUCUCUCUCUCUCUCUCUCUCUCAUGUGUUUAACAAAACAGUGAGAUGGUUUAGUAGCAAAAAAAGGAAAUCUUUUUAUGUUUCUGCUAUAGCAAAGCUCUCUUUAAUCAGAUUAAAUGGGGUUUAGGUCCCCACGAGCUACUUUUCUGGUGAAAAACCUUUCUUACUUCAUACUCACCAAAAGAGAAGAUGAGAUGAGAUGACACAUAUUUUGCUCUAGUACUUCUCAGAUCAGAAAAACCAUUUCCACAUUUGGGCAGAACCCCACCUCCUUUUUUCCAGGGAGGAAUAUACAGAUUCCUCUAAUAAUCCCAUUUUUUUUUUCUUUCUUUCUCCUUAAUAAAAAAUAAAAAAGAUCCCACCUUUUCAGUUAUUCUGUGAAAAAAAGUUAGAAAAAUCAAAACUUUAGAGAUGGGUUGUGUUGCUUCUAAGCUAGAGGAAGAAGAAGAAGUAGUAUCCAUUUGUAGAGAAAGAAAACAGAAGAUAAAGUUAGCUGUGGAUAAAAGACAUGCUCUUGCUCAAGCUCAUUGGAGGUAUACUCAGUCUCUUUAUGCAGUUUCAGCAUCUAUAAACCUCUUUGUGGCUUGCCAUUCUUCUCCUUCUGCACCUUUCCUCAUUACCUUCCCACCACCUUGUUCCUCUUCUUCUUCACCAUGUGAAAACCAGAAUGUUAUAACCAACCCUAUGUUCCUUCAACAAAUGCCAUCUGAGUCAACCUGUCAAACUGUUGACUGUGGUUCAUGUGCUUCCUCAACAUCUUCUUCAGACUCUGAAGAGCAAGAAGAAGAAGAAGAUGAAGAUGAAGAAGAAGACCAAGAACAAGAACAAGAGAGAGAAGUGAUAAGAGAACAACAUCAUCAGCCAUGUGGGUACUUCUACAUGCAAAUGCCACCACCUUCAAUGCCAUCACCACGGAGAGAUUUUGGGUGGGAUUUCUUUAAUCCAUUUGACAAUGUGAACAGACCAGAGGUUAUAAACGGCUACCGCCAUAACUUAGAUGAUGAAGUUUUGAGAGUGGUGAGGGAAGAGGAAGGGAUUCCUGAACUGGAGGAGGAAGAAAACAAGGUUGCUGUAGCUGCUGCUGCUGCUACUGCUGCAGAUGAAGAUAAUGAGGAAAAGAGAGUUGAGAAUGGAACAACAACAGUAGUCAAUGAAGUUACCAAGAUAGAUGAAGGUACUACCAAUUUGAACCAGGUGGAGCCAAAGGGGUUAACUGUCAUUGACACACCAGUAGAAGGAAGGGAGCUUUUGGAAGCUUUGAAGGAUAUUGAGGACUAUUUUCAGAAGGCUUAUCAAUCUCUGAUAGAUGUUUCUAGGAUGUUAGAGGCUAAUGUGGAUCAAAUGCAGUCUGGUUUGGAAGAAAUCAAAGAAAACUCAACAAAACUAAUUCAGUCUGCACGUCACCGAUCCAUUUCGUCUAAGCCUUCAUCAUGUAAGAGUCUAGUAGUAUCAACCUCCAAAAGUAGUUCAUCUUGGACAGAGUUUAGGAAUGAUCUUUUCGAUGAUUAUGGAGGAAUGGCUGCCGGAAGCCAUUCACUUACACUAGGAAGAAUAUAUGCUUGGGAGAAAAAGCUCUAUGAAGAAGUGAAGGCUGGUGAUAGCACAAGGAAACUGUAUGAGAAAAAGUGUUCGCGCUUAAGAAAUCUGGAUGUUAGAGGAGAUGAUGAGCUAACUAUGGAUAAAACUAGAGCUACAGUGAAAGAUUUGUAUGCCAGGAUCUUGGUUGCUAUUAGGAGCGCUGAAUCAAUCUCGAUAAAGAUCGAGAAACUAAGAGAUGAAGAAUUGCUGCCUCAGAUUGUUGAACUGUUGAAAGGAUUAACUCGAACAUGGAAACUUUUGUUGGAAUCACAUGAAACCCAGAAUAAGAUUCUGAUUGAAGUGAAAACUUUCACUUGUUCUGCAUUUGGGAAAUUCAGUAACGAAUCUCACCAGGCAGCAACGGUUCAGCUCAAGGUUGAGCUUAACAACUGGCGUGCGUGCUUUGUGGAAUAUGUUUCGGCCCAGAAAGCAUACGUUGAAGCUCUUCACGGUUGGCUAACCAAGUUCAUAGUCCCUGAAGUUGAAUUCUACUCUAGAAGUAAGGGAUCAGCUGUGUCCUGCAGGGUCAAUGGGCCGCCAUUGCUCAUGAUAUGCCAUGACUGGUUAGCCUCCAUAGAGAAAUUGCCAGAUAAAUCAGUGGCCUUUGCAUUGAAAAGCUUUGCUAAAGAUGUGAAGGCUCUUUUUGAUCAGCAAUGUCAAGAACAGCUACAGAAAAGAAAAGUUGAUAGUUUAGCUAAAGAACUUGACAGAAGAGUUGUUGCAUUUCAGAAGACAGAGGGGAGGUUUCUCGAAUUGAAACUUACCGAAAACAAUGAAUCAGAUGCUGAAAACCGGAAUGAAUACUUGACCGAGAAGAAAGAUCAGCUAGACAUGUUGAGAAGAAGGUUAGAUGUAGAGAAGGAAAAACACCACAAUCUCAUGCUGGAAACUCAAAGGAUGACAUUGAACGGGUUUCAAACCGGGUUUUGUACAGUUUUCGAGUCCUUAAUAGAAUUCUCCAAGGCAUCUCAGAACAUGUACAAUGAUCUAGUGAAUGACAAUGAAAACUCUGAGAAGACUGGGAACAUGUCAUAUAUAGAAGACACUACUAAAGUUGAGCAAAACAGUAGCCAGAUGAAAUAUUAGAGAGAAUGAAUUGGAUUCUUGGAUUGUCUAGUUGAUUUGUAUAUACAAAUGUGUCAAAGCAGCUCGCUGAGACACAUUUUAUUCAAGCUUUGUAAUCUUUUGGAGUGUUGUAACCACGAAUUCCUAACUGUUAUUUAUUUUUUUUUCUUUUUAAACACAAAGUCUUAUUUUUAUGAUGUAA